AUGCCUUUCUCAAGCCCAUUUCCGACAUUAGACAUUCCGAAAUGUAGCUUGCUGGAGUAUCUGUACCCAAAAGGACAGCCACUGGCGGAGACGCCGAUAUGGAUUGACGCGAAAGACACGGGCCACUACCUCACAUCGCGGACACUGUUGCAAUGGUCGAAGCGGCUUGCGCUUGGCUUGGAUCGCCUCGGAGUGAAGCAGGGAGAAGUAGUCAUGAUCUUUACGCCAAACCACAUUUUUGUUCCCGUGGCUUAUUUAGGUAUUGUGGGAUCAAAGAGAAUAUUCAGCGGAGCGAAUCCCGCCUACACAAUAUCAGAAAUGAAGCACCAGAUAUCGAAUACCCGAGCAUCAAUAAUCCUCGCACACCCCUCCUUAGCGAAGAAUGCCGUAGCAGCUGCGCGCAAGUCAGGUCUGCCAGAUGGCCGCAUUUUCUUAUUUUCAGACAUGCCAAAUACGCCCACAGCAGACUGCCGUGACUGGAGAGAGUUUUUGCCAUCAGCAGAAGAUGCGGAUGCAUACAACUUCCCUCGGCUGUCCGAGAAGGAGUCGACUACCACCACUGCAACAGUCAAUUAUUCCUCGGGAACCACUGGCCUACCAAAGGGCGUCGAGGUCAGCCACCACAAUCUCGUCGCAAAUCUGGAACAAACAAUAUACAUGCGCUACUUGAAAAAGCCCUGGAACCACACCAAUCGACCGCGCGAAGUUUGGGUAGGAUUCUUACCCUUGUACCAUGCCUACGGCCAACUAUACACUAUUGCGAUGGCGCAGAAGCUUCAGGUACCCUGCUACAUCAUGAAGCAAUUCCAGUACGAGGCGUUCUUGCGGACAAUACAGGACCAGAAGGUUACUCACCUACAGAUUGCACCACCGAUCAUGGUCAUGCUUAGCAAGCGGCCGGAAACGGCCAAGUACGUUUUGAGUAGUGUGACGGAUAUUCUCUGCGGUGCGGCGCCACUGAGCAAGGAAUUGCAGACAGAAAUCAGCAGGAAGCUAGACUGCGAGAUCGUCCAAGGCUGGGGAAUGACGGAGGUGACUUGCGGUGCCAUUCAUGUGCCAGGUGGUACCAUUGAUGACUCCGGAAGCGUAGGGCAGCUCGACCCCAACUGCGAGUGCAUGCUUCUUGACGACGAUGGCAAGGAAGUGGUGGAUGGUCAGCCUGGCGAACUCUAUGUUCGAGGUCCAAAUAUCUGCCUAAGGUACUGGCGCAACCCUCAUGCCACCAAAGAGACCCUAUCGCCGGACGGCUGGCUACGAUCUGGCGAUGUUGCCGUCUGCAGAAAGGGCUGGUUCUGGAUAGUGGACCGUAAGAAGGAACUCAUCAAAGUCAACGCUCUGCAAGUCGCCCCCGCAGAACUCGAAGCGGUGCUACUAGAAUACGACCCUAUUGCCGACGCAGCAGCCGUAGGCAUCACGCUAGAUAGCCAGGAGUGGCCACGUGCGUACAUCACUCUGAAGGACGAGCACAAGGGCAAGGUGACGGAGAAAGAUAUUCACGUGUACAUGAAAGAGAAGGUCGCGAAGCACAAACAGCUGGUCGGUGGCAUACAAUUCGUCGAUGAGGUGCCGAAACUGCAGUCGGGUAAGAUCAAGAGGGCGCUGGUGAAGGAGUGGGCGAAGAGAGAUGCUCAGAUGAUGAGCGGGGUGAGGCCGAAAGCGAAGCUGUAA